AUGUCGCACCUCAAAUAUUACGCAUACGAUGGCGUUGGCCAGAGAAACAGGGCCAACUUCUAUUACAGCCAGGCGGUCCGUGUAGGCGACCGAAUUGAAUGCGCAGGGCAGGGAGGUUGGGAUCCUGCCACUGGCGAAUUCUACAAGGAGACGAAUGCCCAGAUUGACCAGGCAUUUAGGAACGUUGAAUUGGCCCUGAAAAAUGCCGGCGGAAAAGGCUGGUCGCAGGUGUACCGCGUCAAUUCUUACCAUAUUCCGCUCAACAACGAGGCGCUGAAGGCUAUGGUGAGGAAUUUCAGGGAGUAUAUGCCUGACCAUCAGCCGAUCUGGACUUGUGUGGGCGUCACGCGUCUGGGCGAGGACGAUAUGAGAGUGGAGAUUGAAGUGGUGGCUCACGAUCCUGAAGGCGCGGCGAAGGAGACUGCAUGA